GUAUAUCUAAUUAUUUUUCCAGCUGAUGCUUUAAUUGCGGCAGUUGAUAUGUGGUUUGCAGAAAAAGACGUAUGUCCAAUAGCUGCGAAUGAUCUGAAGGCUACAGAUGCAGUUUGGGAUGGUUGUGGACAUACUGUCCCCAUGAUGCAAUGGCAAUCAACACAAAUUUCUUGCGGUUUUCAAAUCUGUGGAGAACAAGCAUGGUGUAAAGAUGAAUAUAAAUGCAAAACAACAACUUUGGUUUCUUGCAAUUAUUAUAAUCCAGCUUAUGAUGGCAAUAUUGCAAUAUAUAAUCCAGGAAGUAAAUGUACUUGUGAUACUGAUUGCAAAUUAUAUGAAAAUUCUACGUGUGAAAUAGACAGUGGAUUGUGUAAAGCACCUCUUCAUCCGAAAUUGGCGAAGAACUAA